CCCGGGAUGGAAAACAAACCCCUCGAUGGCCACCAGAUGGUGCGUGGGAACCCCAAAGGAUGCCAGGGAUGCCCUCUCUUGAGUGUCUUUGUCUCUCUCUCUCUCUCUCUCUUUCUCUGUUUCCCAAUGCUCCCAUGGAUCCUAUGGUUCCCAUGGUUCCCACACCGGUGCUUGCUGUGACACCUGCAGUCUGUAUGUAGUCUGCAGGUAGUCUCCAGGUAGUCUGCAGAUACAACUAACUACUGUACGUCCCAAAGGGGACCAUUGCCGUAUUUGGUUUUCAAUGGGUCAGCAGUGGUGAGGGUCGAUUUAUCAAAUUGUGCGACCACCUCUUCAUAUGAGGUUACAUCCUCUGCCGUUGCCUUUCUCUCAUCCCGUCUCUCUCUCUUUCUAUCUCUCAAUUCCCUGUCUGUUUAACUUUCGACAAAGAACGAGGCUAUCGAGACUCUUGUAUAAUAUAUAAUAUACCCUCCGCACAACCAUGGCGUCCUCGAAACCGGCCUGGAACCACGAGGUGCUGCUGCUAGGCGCCCUCUCGGCGCUGUCGACGCUGCGCGAGUCCCCGGUGCAGACGGUGGCCCGCUACCUCCUCGCCCUCGCCGUAGCACGACACAUCGCCAAAGCCGUCUAUGGCAUCUUCAUCUACCCUUUUUUCUUCUCGCCCUUGAGGCACUUGCCCGGGCCAAAGGACCACCACUUCCUGCUCGGCGACCUCCUCAACCAGGCGCGUUCGGGGAACCCCAUCGAGCCCUACCUCUCGUGGACGCGCAAGUGGCCCAACGAGCCCUUCAUCAAGUUCACCGGCUUCGGCAACGCCGACUGCCUGCUCAUCAACAGCCUCGAGGCCUACAAGGAGAUCUUCCAGACCAAGAGUUACUCCUUCGUCAAGGCCCAGUUCAACACGAGGGUCAUCGUCCAGGUCACCGGCACGGGCAUGGCCUUUGCCGAGGGCGAAGCGCACAAAUCUCAGAGGAAGCUGUUGGCGCCCCAGUUUGCCCUCAGCAACGUCAAGAGGGCGAUUCCGCUCUUCAAGAGCAAGGGAAAAGAGCUCAUUGAGCACUUCAACUCCCGCAUCAAGGCCCACGACGGCGUCACGGAUGUCUCCUCCGCCUACGGCCGCGUCACCCUCGACAUCGUCGCCUGGUUCACCCUCGGCAUCGACCUCGGCAGCACCCUCUCGACCUCGGUCUUCCACGAGGCCUACCACAAGAUGUUCGACCCCUCGGCCUUUGGCGCGUUCCUCAUGGUCAUGAACGCCUACGUCCCGGGGACGCGCAUGCUGCCCUUCCAGGAGAACCGCGAGUUCAACGCCUGCAGCGACGCCGUCCGCUCGCGGCUCAAGGAGAUCAUCCAGCAGCGCGUCCGGGAGAUCGACUCGGGCGACACCACCUCCACCACCGCCUCCGACGAGAAGCCCGACCUCCUGACGCACAUGAUCCUCGAGUCCCGCGCCAUCGGCGACCCCUGGUCCGAGGCCAAGAUCCUCGAGAACGCCAUGAACGUGCUGGUCGCCGGCCAUGAGACCUCGGCCACGACGCUGACCUGGGCCACGCACACCUUCACCCUGUACCCGCACAUCCAGGACCGCGCCCGGCGCGAGGUGCUCGAGCUGCUGGCGCGCAAGCCCGACCCGGAUUAUAUGGACCUCGACGGCCUGCGGUACAUCGACAACAUCAUCAAGGAGACGCUGCGCUUCUACGCGCCGGGCGUGCUGGCCGCCCGCGAGCCCCUCGACGACAUCGACGUCUGCGGCACCGUCCUGCCCAAGGGCACGCUGUGUUACCUCUUCCCGGCCCUCGUCACCCGGAGCGCGCGCAUCUGGGGCGACGACGUCGACGAGUUCAACCCGGACCGCUGGGACCGCCUCGAGGGCGAGGCCGCGAACCCGCACGCCUUCGCGACCUUCCUCGUCGGGCCGCGCCAGUGCAUCGGCAAGGUCUUUGCCCUGCUUGAGAUCAAGGUGCUCCUGGUCGAGAUGCUGAGCAACUUCAAGUUCGAGGCCGCCGUCGACCCGGAGGACAUUGUGCUUGUGAACCCGAGCCCCGUGUUGCGGCCCCAGGGCGGCUUGAAGGUCCGGAUCCGUCCUUUGAGAACGGUUGAUGUCUAGAGAGGAUGGAUGGAUGAGAGAGCAUGAGAGUAUGAGAGGUGGAAGACAAUGGAAGAGGAGUAUGUGUAGUGUGUAGAGUAGAGUAAAGUAACGAAUGAUAUCCCGAGAAUGCUCACUCAGUUGCUACUAUGGUAUUCUUCCCCUCCCCAUCGUUCCCUUGAUAUAUCUCGU